AUGGCGGCUGCCUUUCGACCGGUGAACUCGCCCCUCAUUAACAACCUAUCCCGAGACGACGUCAUGCCCUCAUCACCAGCAACGCCUCGGCCGAACACCGCGCCCCAGCAACAGCCCUCGAUGCCCGCCGACGACGCAGCGACACCUACCCGAGCAACGUUCAACCCGUCAAUGGCGACUCAAAAGCCGCUGCCUUCGAGUUCCUUUCCGCAGAAUGUACAGGUGCCAGAUCAACCGCCCAAGUCGACGCUGCCUCGACGCGAUAACUCGCAGCACUCGACCAAGUCGGCGGACUCAGCUGAUGUAGAUAUGGAUGACUCGGACGGGGAAACGGGCACCAUCGAUGAGGGCGCCGGCUCAGAUGAUGACAGUGUCGGCGCAGACGGCUCUAGGUCGGGCAAGAAGAAGAAAUCUCAGCGCUUCUAUUGUGUUGACUAUCCGCCCUGCAAUUUGAGCUUCACCCGCAGCGAGCAUUUGGCAAGACACAUCAGGAAACAUACCGGAGAGCGGCCCUUUCAGUGCCACUGUUCCCGACGCUUCUCGAGGCUUGACAAUUUGAGGCAGCAUGCCCAGACGGUCCAUGUGAAUGAGAACAUCCCAAUCGAUUCCUUGGCAGCUACAGGCUCUCGGUUCCAGAGACAGAUGCGGACCGAUCGGGUAAGGCAAGCCGGUAACAGAGCGAGGGCAUCCACUGGUGGCAGUGCCGGCGGUCCAGUCCGCGGGCACUCCAAGUCGCUGUCGACUUCUAGCAUCACUAGCAUGAGUUCUGUGGGUUCCACCUACAGCACGGUAGCCGAUGCUCGACGUCGUCCCCCUCCGCUUGUCAUGGCAGACCCGAGAUCUCGACUGUCUCUUGAGUCAUACCGCACCGCUACUGAGGGUCCUUACCCCCCGUACCGACCAGCGUCGCCAAGUGAAUUCGGCACCCCAACUUCGGCAACCUUCUCAACAGGGCAGGGUAGUCCCCGAUGGGGUUCCGGAGUGGCAUCUCCCGCGUCCUCGCACUCAAGGUCUCACAGCGUCUACGCUACUGGCUCUCGAACCCCCGGCCGCCGACUGAGUGUUCCGUCUGGCGCGAACCCGUUCCAGUCGCCUCCAACUCUGACUCUAGGGCGCCCAAUGUUUGGACCAGGACCCGGACCCGGACCAGUAAACUCCUCGAAUGGUGGCGCUUUCCCGUCUGCCAACGGCAACCUUGUUUCAUCCCCGAACGCUCCGGCACCGCAAUGGUCACGACGGGAAUCGAUUUCUAGCAUGUCCGAUGAGGCGUGGCGUCGGCGAACUUGGCACCCAGAUAGCCGCAAUCCCAACGGGCAUCCGAGCCAGCUCAGCACAGUCGUCAGCCAGUCUUCUGUCCGACCAAAUGCACCGCCGCCCAUCGCGACUCCUUCUAACUCACAGUCCACGCUACGCCUUCCUGGGAUUGAGUCUUUCGAUCCUAUUCUCCAGCGCCCUGUCACUCCCCCAAGACGGCACCCCUCGCCCAUGAUGAUCGACGCUGAGGCUUCUAUGCGUCCUGUCUAUCAGCAAAUUCCCGUUGAUGCGAUAGCUCCUGAGGAAAGAAGGAACCUGAACAUGUAUGACGCCAGCCUACAGCGUGGCCUUGGCCGCCUUGACAUUAACCAUAGCACUCCGCCUCGCGAUAGUGCCGGGGCUUGGGCUUCUGAGGUCAACAAGGCUGUUCAGGCCCAGGCUGAACAAGUGCGACUGAACCCCCCAACGGUCAGAUUCGAAGAUCAGCAACCGCCGUCAUACCAGGCCCCCAAGCCUACCGCUGCCAGCCGGGCUUUGCACCAGCACACAAUGUCAGCACCAUCCACCACAUCCAGAGACAGUAAGCGACACGGUUGGUACCAUGGACCGGUGACUGUCCAUCGAGACGCAAGGACAAUGCCGGAAGACCCGCGGAUGGCCCAUGUCGAUCGCAUGGUUCAUCCCAAUUUCACCGGCUUCAGUGGGUUUCCCGUAAAGGAGGCACAACCUCAACAGCACCCGCAUCAUCAUCAGCAGCACCAACAGCAGCAGCACCAACCGCAAGAGCGGCCUGGAAAUACCGAUCCGCUGGGCCGCUUGGAGGCCUUAGUCGCCGUUGCAACAAGCGAAGGAUCCACGGCGACCGCUUACUAG